AUGAUGAUGAAGAAGAAGAAGUUUAAGUUUAAGGUGGACUUCGAGCUCGAGGAGCUCUCCUCGGUGCCCUUCGUCAACGGGGUCCUCUUCUGCAAGAUGCGGCUGCUGGACGGCGGCAGCUUCACCGCCGAGUCCCCCAGGGAGGUGGUGCAAGCAAACUGUGUUCACUGGAGAAAGAAGUUCUCAUUUAUGUGCAAAAUGAGUGCAAGUGCCACCACAGGCAUCCUAGACCCUUGUAUCUACAGAGUAUCUGUGAGGAAGGAAUUAAAAGGUGGAAAAGCUUAUGCAAAGCUGGGCUUUGCAGAUCUAAACCUGGCAGAGUUUGCUGGAUCAGGAAAUACCACUCGUCGCUGUUUACUGGAAGGCUAUGAUACCAAAAAUACAAGACAGGAUAAUUCCAUUCUUAAAGUUUUAAUCAGUAUGCAACUGAUGUCUGGUGACCCAUGUUUUAAAACGCCUCCUUCUACAUCAAUGUCUAUACCAAUUGCUGGUGAAUCUGAAUCUCUGGAAGAAGAUAGAAAAGGUGGAGAGACUCUCAAAAUUCAUCUUGGGAUAGCAGAUCUCUCAGCAAAGAGUGCCUCUGUUCCAGAUGAACUUGGUGCCUGUGGACAUUCUAGAACAUCAAGCUAUGCAAGCCAGCAGUCAAAAGUAUCAGGGUAUAGCUCUUGCCACUCCCGGUCAUCUAGUUUCUCUGAGCUCUGCCACAGGAGAAAUACCUCAGUGGGAAGUACAUCAACAGGAAUUGAAAGUAUUCUAGAGCCAUGUGAUGAAAUUGAGCAAAAGAUAGCUGGACCAAAUCUUGAUACAGCUGAUAAAGAAGAUACAGCUUCGGAAACACUCAACAGAUGCCCAGUGAAACAAGAUUCUGUAGAAUCUCAGCUGAAGCGAGUUGAUGACACCAGAGUGGAUGCAGAUGAUAUUGUGGAGAAAAUAUUACAAAGUCAAGACUUCAGCCUAGAUUCCAGUGCAGAAGAAGAAGGACUGAGGUUAUUUGUGGGUCCUGGGGGAAGUACAACCUUUGGCAGUCAUCAGCUUCCAAACAGGGUGGGGUCUGGAGCUUAUGAACAAGUUGUGAUCAAACGCUAGAAAUCAAGCUGGUGAACUGAAGCUUCCCUGGGGGUUUAAGAUGUGGGCAGUUGAGCUGUCAAGGCACUUUAUUCAAGCACUUAUGAGAAAGUGAACCUAUUAAAAAAAAAUGAAGCAUGUUCAUCUAUCAAGAGGAAAGCCAACACUGAUUUCUUCUCUGAAGGUGCCCACCACUCUCCUUUCUCACCCACCAACAGGGAACAUCGGAAUGGUAGUAUCAGGGCAGUGUGCCACGUGUGCUUAUAGGUACACAGCUUCUGUGGUCACUGCACAUAAUAAUGAAAAGCCUGCUUUUUUUUUCAAAACAUCCAGUGGGAAAAACAGCAC